ACUUUUUAAUAGCAAGUAGUUUACACAAAGUGAAUGUGUAAUUAAAUUCUAUAUACAUUUAGAAAAAAACAACAAUUAUAAAUCUAAUAUAGAUUUUGUUUUCAUUUCGUGUCACACACAACAUUAUCGACAAAUGUCGUGAUUUAAUCUCGUAACUCAUCUUUUUUCUACAAUUAUCGCUAAAGUCGUACAUGCUUCAGGUGAAAGGUAGCGAACAUCAUUAACAGUAUCACACCGGUUGACAAGAUAAAACUAUUUAUUUUACUAUCGAUUAUUUCAAUAAAAUAAAGUGAAAGAAAAGGAACGAAGUCUUGUUCGAUGACAGCAUUUCUAAUUACGAUAAGUCGUUAAUAUCUUGAAAGAUAAUCGCAAUAUCGUUGUACGUUUAUUUUUUCGUGUUUCCGUUAUACUAUUUAUAGAAGAUGAGUGUGUCAAUUAAUUUAUUAGGAAGAGAAAUAUAUUUAUUUCACCGAGGGAUGAACAGUUUUGGAGUGAAAUUCAGAAGAUUUCAUAAAAGUCCCUUGGCAUAUUAUACUUUGAGAAGAGAUGUAUUUUCGAACAACAACACUCCACCAAAUGUUUUAACUAAAGAUCAAGCUAACAUAUUAGCAGGAAAAUUAUCUCCAGAGGAACGAAUCACUCUCAUGACUGCUCUGAGCAAAUAUCAAUCACUGGACGAGAAAGCUUCGUAUGAAGCUCAAUUAGCAGGUAUUCGUUGGAGAAGUAAACUAGGAAGGCCUACUAAAUUGCCUAAUCUUGGUGAGGUUGAUCCUACUGGUACUUAUUGUCCUCUCCCCGAGGAUUGGCUUCUUCAAAAGUCUGCUGAAAGUGAUGCAAGACUAAGUAAUAAAGUCCUUUUAAAAGUUGCAUUUAUAAAUAGUAUUCCAUUCAUUGCCUUCGGUUUUCUCGACAAUGCCAUCAUGAUAGUUGCUGGUGACUACAUCGAAAUGGUUUUGAGCAACAAAUUUCCUAUCUCAACUAUGGCAGCUGCAGCUUUAGGAAAUACGGUAUCCGAUAUCAUAGGAAUCGGAUCUACAAAUUGGGUAGAAACUUUAGUAGAAAAGGUAGGAAUUAAAAGACCACAUUUAACCAACACACAAUCAAAGCUGCGAAGGACAAGGAUGGCUGUAAAUUUAGGUAGAGUGGUUGGAAUUACUAUAGGAUGUCUACUCGGAAUGGUAACAAUACCAGCUGUAAACUUUUUCUGUAGUAGGUAAACAAUUUUAUUGCGCUACUGCAUUUUAAAUCACAUGGAAAAAUAUUUAUAAAACUAUUGGCACAGUUUUAUUCAAUGGAAAAUCAUUUUAUGAAUCUUAAUAGAGAUACAUGUUUAAGCGAUAUUUAUAAAUGUCACGAAAUCGUCCCAUUUCGUAUUUCAAUAUAUCCUUUCUAAUAUUUAGUAUGAAUUAUAUAUAUAUAUAGAUAU